AACCAUUAGAAAAUUAUGGGGGGGGGGGGGGGCAGAAUUACCCCAGGUGAAUAUUUUUUUUUUGGUAAAUGUAUUGAUUUUUUUUUUUUUCUUUUACAAUUGGUAGCUGUCAAUAUUUUUUUUUCAGGUUUUUUUUUCCAUUUUUUAGUGGAAUGUAGUAUUAUUGCUGGUUUUCACGUGACGUCACCUGGUUCACUAUUUGUAAGGCGCUGUCAGUGGGUGGCCUUCUUAUUCGUCUUUGGCUAUCUGUUCUUCUUCCGAACUUGUACAUACUUUGGAUUUAAAAAGCCACCAAUGCAAAGCAAUGCAGUCCAGCUUCUCGUCACACUUAGACUCUGCACUCUCCCAUUUGAAAUAUUUGAUCCUGAAAUAUCAAGAAACAAAGCAGCUGCUACAUCCAAACCCUCUUUCUACGAGUUCCUUAGUUAUUCCUAUUGCUACUGUGGCCUUCUAACGGGUCCCUACUACCGUUACAAAACCUACAAAGAUUUCUUAGAACAAGAAAACCCUGAAAAGAUUGCUUCCUUGUGGCCGGCCCUACGUCGACUGAAGUUUGCACCACUGUAUGGUGGCCUCUAUCUUCUAAUGAACACAUAUUUCCCAACAAAGCAUCUCAUGUCAGAAGAGUUUUUUAAACACCCUUGGGGUAUCCCAUACCAGUUGCUCUACCUUGUGCCAGCAUUUAAUGGUUUCCGUUGGAGGUUUUAUAUUGGCUGGCUGUUGGCGGAGAGUAGCUGUAUUAUGCUGGGUUUAGGUGCCUACCCAUUUGAAACCGACCCUAAGCCUGCACUAGGUCCAUCUAAACCAAUGCCGGCAGAGAACGGCCAUGUUUCGGAAGUAGCUGACACGAAGGAGAAUGGCGACACCCAUAGCUUCAUGACAGUUUAUAAUAUUGAUAUAUUCAAAGUAGAGUUUGCCCCGUCUAUGAGAAGCAUUAUGAAAGACUGGAAUAUGUCAGUUCAGUGGUGGAUAGCACAGUACGUUCACAGAAAACUACCCUUCUCCAACAGAAAUAUCAGAAUGUCUGUCACCCUCCUGGUCAGUGCCUUCUGGCAUGGCGUCGCCCCUGGAUACUAUCUGACAUUUCUAAGUGUUCCACUGGUUGUUAUGGCCGAAGUGCGCAUGGAGAAAGCUAUCAAACCCUGGCUGUCACAGCGCAUGUGCUACUACUAUGAUUGGUGCAGCUGGUUUUGCCUCUAUCGAGCAAUGGAGUACCUUGGCUGUGGCUUCAUCUUAUUGCAGUUUGCUCCUUGUAUUGCCAUUUGGAAGAACAUGUAUUUCAUUGGUCAUAUAAUAAUGGUUUUGUUCAUUAUCAUUCCUAGUUUUAUUCCUAGAAAACGUGGUGAUAAGGAAGAGAUAAAAAAGGCCUCAUAACGAACUUAGCAAACUUAGAAAAACUUAAUUCUAAGUUUUUCUCUGUACAGUCAGUUUAAUAUGGUGCAUGUUUACAAAAAGUCUCAUUUUUCCAAAACAGUUAAACAUUUUCCCAUAUGGCAAUAUGAUUAUUGAUAAAUACUGACACUAAACAAUCAGAUGCUACAAGCAGACUUGUUUUGUCAAAAGGAAUUUUUUUGUUUUGGCAUGCUGCCAUAUCCACUUUGACAGUUUUAAAAAGUAUGCCCAUAAUAAGGCAAGAAACUGUUCUACUUUGAUCUACUCUUUUUAGCCAACUAUCAUAGCAAAAGAAUGUUACAGUGAAAAAAAUAAUGGCGGAUCCUUGUAGUUAUGAAAAAAUGCAUUAAAAACUUUAGACACUGUUCUUUUCAUGUAACCAAUUAAAAAUGUAGUUAAAUGCAAAUAAACGAAAUUGAUCGUUUAUUUUCAUUUUAAUGCAUCAUAGCUGUCAACUUGGAAAUAAAUUUUGUGAAAUCGGGUGAAAUACAGUAAAUAUGUGAAAAAACCUAAGAGAGCCAAUGCAGGUGAAUACAGAGAAUGCAUGAACAUUCUCACAAAAAUUAGGCUGGUUAUGAGGUCCAAAAUCUUGUGACAUCCGCCUAAUGCGGGUGACAUCGGCCUUGUGCUCAUGGCAGCGCAUGUUGAUCUUCUCGUAUAGUGCAAAAAACAGUUCUUGUGUGACAGCACAUCUCUAUCUUGCUCUACAAAUUCACUGCUAUAAGGAAGUCAUUUUAUCGGUUUCAAGGUAAAUAUAUUUCACUGUAAAUAAAUCGCCUGGUCUGAUCA